UCAGGCGUCAGUGCUCGCGCGGAUUCGUCGCGGCGUCGAUCGAGCCCUCUUAAACCGUCUACGAUCACCACCGGCACUCGUGUAUCGCCGGGGGGGGGGACUCGAGUGGGUUUUUUUUGUACAAAAAACCCCGUCAUAACCUCAUUGUGUGUGUGUACAUGUGUGUGAGGGUCUCCUGUUGUUGUUGAGGACGCGAAGAGGGAAAAAAGGAAAAAAUUCGGCUGAAAUAAAUGUAGCAUCGCCAUCCACGAACUCGAGAUAAAUAGACGAGCUUUUUGUCACUGGGUGUAUGUGUUGAGUGCACUGGGGUGUAUUAAUGUGUCUGUGAGGGAGCAAAGAGAGGGCAGUAGUGGAGUGGCGGUAGUAGUGGAGGAUGAGAUCGAUUGGAUAGUCGCCGGAUACGCUGGACAUCGAGGGGGGUAGAUAUUUGACUGAGAAUAAAGACAAGGGAUAAUUCUCUCUGUCAAGGAUCAUCAACACCACGAUCAUCAAUCCGAAGACAGAUUUGUCGUGAGGGAGAAGAAGAGAGGGUUGUUCUUGGCUGAUCAUACGACGCCAACGAGUCCAGUACUAUCGUGCGUGGGUAAGGAAGGAAUGUCGAGUGUAAUUCAUAAGGACGCGAGGGCGAAUUUGUAACGGAUGUUACCGCGAUAACCGCGAGAAGGGAAAAGCGGUCAGUGAUUUUGAUUCGUCGAGAUACUUCCAUGGUUUUAUUCACCAAAAACGGGUCAAAGAUCGAUAGCGGUGAGUCAAGUGUCUUCACCGCUCUCACGUCCUCUUCCAAAUCAGAGGGCAAUUCAAUUCCAAUCAUCUCGUUGUAAUGAUAAUCCAUUGAGUUCAGGUAUGAGUGGUAUCAUUUGGAGAUGUCCUAGUAGAUUACAUGGAGCGAUAUCGACAGAGUCAAACGUCAAGUGAAGGCCCCAAUUCUCGACGCAUGAUUUGUGCAGAUGAAUUGGAUGAGGAUAAAUAAUUGUUGGAGGACGCCCGAUCCACGACGAGUGAUCUUCAUCCGGUUGAUUGGAUGAGCCACGAAUGUGCGGAAGAAUAGUCUUGUUGGGUAGAUGGGAUUGGUCGAUUGAAGGUCGAUCGAUGACACGAAGGAGACGAGUGAGGAUUGAAAGAGUGAAACGAAAAGGUGGAGGAGUGAGAGAGGCCUGACCGCUCGUCAAACUACCUCGGGAAAUUGACGUUUUGUCAUUGAGCACGUGACGCAAUCGAUACACCACCAGCAUCGGAAAAGGUCAGGACAACCAAAAAAAAAAGAAAAAAAAAGGUAUUGGAAAAAUUGAAUCAGAAGUGUCCGGAGUGGCUCCAUUUUGCCAGUGGGAAAAUUCCUCGGCGAAUCCUCACCAAUCAAGAAUCGAAUGAACCAGUUAAUGUUGAUCCUUCUGGUUGCAUGGAGGAGAGGCCGACAGGAGCUCCACCUUGAAGAAACUGGGAAGUGGGAAGUGAAUAGACGACAUAUAUGUAGGGUGGGAAAAACGUAGGCAAGUGGGUCAGGUCGGCUAAAAGUGAGAGAGUCGAUUGGCGAAUGAGAGGAGAGGAGAGCAGGAGAGGAACAAAUUACAGGAGAGGGUGGUGAGGAGGGGAUUUUUGUGUGGGGAGUGUGCAGUAGCGGAAGUCAGAUUAGAAGAAAAAGGGCGGUGGAAGGGAGAGGGGAGGGAAGGAUAGAAUAGCAAGACGUUUAUUGAGAUAUGUCUAGGGACCCAUACGCCUCAAGUGGGGUGGUUGGUCCAGGUGGUGGGACUAGAUCACCGCGUAGUAGUAGACGCGUAGCGGAAUUGCCGACAGUUGAUCGUAGCCCAUCGAGGAGUUAUGCCAGUGGACGGGGCAGCCCUCUUGGACGUAAACGUGGAACGAGAAGUGGUAAUAAUUCACCAGAACACCUUGGUUAUGGAUCUUAUCAGCAUCAUCAGUUGAGUAGUCCUUUUUAUUCACGUGACGAGGAUCUGGGUAGCCCAGUUAUGCUUGAGGAAAGGGGUAGAAGUAUGUCCACUGGGGGUGGGGGUCAUCAUCGGUCACGAAGUGCCUCGAGACCUGGUAUGUCAGGGGCUUCAGGUCUAUCAGCCAGGUAUACAAGUUUGGAUCGUGCAUCAGCUGGAAUUCUUGAUCAUGAUCGAGAAUUUGUACCAAUACGUGAGCCCAGAGAGCGCAGUAGAGAUCGGGGUGGUUUAUAUCUGGAUGAAGAUGUCUAUGGAUCGAGAUCAGCUAGGCAGAGCCCCAAUCCCCAUCUACUCAGGGAUGGUGGGCUUUAUAUUGGGGAACUGCAGCAUCAGAAUAACGAUCUUCAGAGAGAGCUUGGGAACCUUAAGAAGGAACUCGAGCUCACUAAUCAGAAGCUUGGGAGCUCGAUGCACAGUAUCAAGACCUUCUGGAGUCCGGAGUUGAAGAAGGAGAGGGCACUUAGAAAGGAGGAGAGCACUAAGUACAGUCUCAUCACUGAACAAUUGAAGUUACUCAACUCGGAGAAUCAGAAACAAAGCAUGAUGGUGAGGCAACUCGAGGAAGAGUUGAGAAUGCGGAUGCGGGGCCCGAGUGUGGAAAUGCAGCAGCAAAUGGAAGUACUUUACAACGAGAAUGAGCACCUAACGCGGGAAAUCGCCAUUCUCAGGGACACAAUAAAGGAGCUUGAGCUGAGAAUAGAAACUCAAAAACAAACACUCCAGGCCCGCGAUGAAAGCAUCAAAAAGCUCCUUGAAAUGCUGCAGAACAAAGGAAUGGGAAAAGAGGAGGAGAGGAUCAUGUUCCAGCAGAUGCAGUCCAUGGCGCAGAAGCAGCUUACUGAAGAGCUGGACGAACUCAGGGGUGAGGUGCAGCGCAGGGACCAGGAAAUACUUGGUAUGGCUGCUAAGAUGAAGACAUUGGAGGAACAGCAUCAGGAUUAUCAGAGGCACAUCGCUGUUCUCAAGGAGUCACUCUGUGCCAAGGAGGAGCACUACAAUAUGCUUCAAGCCGAUGUCGAGGAGAUGAGACAGAGACUAGAAGAAAAGAAUCGCUUAAUCGAGAAGAAAACUCAGGCUGUCCUUCAAGCCCAACAGGAGAGAAAUCGUUUCAAUACCGAACUCACCGAAGUCAAAGACCACAUGGACAUUAAAGAUCGCAAGAUUAACGUCCUCCAGCGAAAGAUUGAAAACCUUGAGGAUCUGCUGAAAGAGAAAGACAACCAAGUGGAUAUGGCACGUGCAAGGCUGACCGCGAUGCAGGCACACCACUGCAGUAGCGAGGGCGCACUGAGCAGCCUAGAGGAAGCUAUCGAGGACAAGGAGAAGCAGAUGGCACAGCUGAGAGAGCAGCGUGAUCGUGCUGAACAAGAGAAACAGGAGGAGAGAGAACUCCAUGAGAGAGAAUUAGCUGAAUAUAAAAUGAAGAUUCAUGCUUUGGAGUCUGAGGUGGAAAAACUUGGUGCACGAUUGGAGCGUGCACAAGCUGAGAAGGAUCGCCUGGAGACAAAGCUCGAGAGUUCACAGUCGGAAUUAGGGAAAAGUAAAGCAGAGUUGGACAAAGCAGCCUCUGAGGUGGGUCGAAGUGGUGCUGACUGGGAGGCAGCCAAGCAGCGGCUCACAAGGCUUGAAUUAGAAAAUGAGAGAUUGCGACACGAUAUUGAAAAAUCCCAAACAGGAUUUGGUAGGAGUACAAUAAAUUCGUCUCAAGAGAUGGAUAGAAUUCACGAACGCGCUGAAAAAUCAGCAACUGACCUGAGAAGAGCCCAGGCUGAGUUGCGUGUUACACAGGCGGAUAAUGAACGAGCGAGGGCCGAAGCCACAGCUCUUCAAGAAAAGGUGGAAAAGAGUCAGGGUGAGGUGUAUCGGUUGAAGGCGAGAUUGGAAAAUGCUCAGACUGAACAAGAGAGCUUGCGUGAUGAGUACGACAGGGCGCAGGCGACUGUCGCAAGGUUGCAUUCUGAGAGGGACAAGGCAGUUGGUGAAUUAGAAAAAGUACAGGAGGAGUUGGAGCGUACACAGGCGACACUCGGUAAGACCCAGCUGCAGCAGGAGAGAGUUCAAAACAUGUUGGACAAGGCACAGAGCGAGGCCGACAAGCUCCAAGAGCGACUCGAUAAGUCCCAGACGGAAGUCCGUCGGAUGCAAAUGGAGAAGGAAAAGCAGAACUACGACUUCGAUAAUAUGCAAAGUCAAUUGGACAAAGUUCAGGGACAAACUGCAAGGAUACAAAAAGAGAAAGAUGCAGUUCAACUCGAGCAUGACCGUCUCGUAGAUAAAUACGACAAAGCACAGAUAAUCGUCGCAAGAUUACAAAAAGAACGAGACAAUCUUCAGGAAGAGGUUUCCAGGCUUCAGCGGGAUAAAGACAAUGCACUGUCUGAAUUGGAUCUCGUUAAGGACAGGUGGGAAAAGGCGCACAAUUCCCAUCAGAAAUUGACGUUGGAACGCGACGAUGCCCUCACGGAAAUUGAAAUACUCAAGGAGAAGCUCGAUAAAUCUCAAUAUACCCUAGGCAAGGCAAUGGAGGAGCGUGACACUACGAGUAAGGAAUUCGAAAAACUAUUGGGUAAAUUUGAUAGAGCACAAAGCGAGUCCUACCGUCUGCAAAAUCGUAUCGAGGUCCUGGAAGCGGAGAAAGAUCGUUUGGAGCUGGACACGGAGAAGAAUCAACACCUGUCAAUCAAGAGUCGCGAGGAAGCGCGUAAAUCACAAGAGGAACUGGCACGAGUGCAAGAAAUGUACGAUCGUGCAGUACUGCAACUAGGCCGUGCUAAAGAAAGCGAAGAGAAAUCAAAGGAGGAUUUGGAUCGUUUGAGUGUCGAUUUGGAAAUGUUACGGGAGCGAUACGAAAAGUCACAAAUUGAGUUGCGACGUUUGCAGAAUGAACGGGACAAACUCGUUGCUGAUAACGAGAGAAUAAGCUUUGAGCUAGACCGUGCGCACUCCCAAUUGAACAAAGCUCAGGGUACCUCCGAGAAAACCCAGGAUGAGCUCCAGCGAAUGCAGAUGGAGAUUGAGAAGAUGUACGAGAAGCAUGAUAGACAGCAAGCGGAGGUGCGCAAAGCGCAAGCAGAGGCUGAGAGACUGCGAACAGAAGCGGAGAGUGCGAGAGAGGAGUGCGAAAGGUAUGCAUCAAGAUUCGGUAAAUACCAGGAGAGCCAGGAGCGCCAGAAGGAGGAGCACGAGCGUGCCAAACUCGAUGUUGAACGACUGCGGGACAGACUGGAUAAGGCACUAGCUGAACUGGAGCGCGCGAGAAAAGCUGAACAGGAUGCCUCGAGAUUGCGUGCCGAUCUGGAGCGUGCAGAGGGUGUUCGAGGUAAAUACCAGUUCGAACAAGAGAAAUGGCAGAGUGAUAGUAGUAGGCUACAGCAGGAUCUGGAUAAAGUAAGGGAGAGGCUUGAAGUACGUGAGGCUGAGUUGAAGCGUACACAGGCGGCAAGUGUUGAACUAGAGGCUCAAUUACACGAGAGCCAACUGCAGCUUGAGAGAGCUAGAGAGGAAGCAAGUAAGGCUAAUGCCAAUCAAGAGAAGAUGAGAUCCGAAAUUGAGAGGGCGAAAAUCGAGGCGGAAAAAAUACGAGAUAGACAUGAUAAACUCAAAGCCAGGGCUGACGCACUGGAGGCAGAUAACGAGAAGUUGAGGGUUGAAAUCAUUAGACUGGAAAGGCUCAUGCAGACUGAGGGUAAAACGAGAUCGGAGAGUGCUAGUAUCGAAGUUGAAAGGUUGAGAGCGAGCUUGGAUAAGGCGAUUGUGGCGAGGGAUCAGGUGGAGUUGGAAGCUGGUAGGCUUGCUAAAGAGCUUGAAAAGUCACAGUUGGGAUUGGUUAAGCAUCAAGAGGUCGCUGAACAAGCUAAGAUGGAGUACGAUAGGGCAAUGAAUGACUUAACGAUAAUGCGAGAGGAACGUGAUACAUUGAUGCAGGAGAUUCGAAGAAUUCAACAGCAACAACCGCUUAUUAGUACUGAGGAACUGGCGAAACUUCAGCAUGAUGUUCAGUAUGCAUUCCGUGAGCGUGAAAAGUUGUCAGCUAUUCUGGAAAAUCGUGAGAAGCACUCAGAUAAGAUUGAAAAACUCAAGGAAAAGCAGGAGGGUGAAAUCAAGCAGCUGCAGGUGGAGCGAGAUCAGCUGGUCAUUCAGUUGGAAAAAUCUCAAGACAUGUUGAUGAACUUCCAGCAAGAAUUGAAUACAAGCGAAGCUGAAUUGGAACGACAGAGAGAAGAAGUCAGACGACUGCAACAAGUCCAGCAACAAGCGAUUCCCGAUCGUGCCGUCAAGGAAACCCUCGAGGCACAACAACGGGAAGUGCGACGUCUCACUCAACAAGUGCAGAAUUUCACCCAGGAGCAAAACAAGGAGCGCCAGCGUGCAGAACAAGCGGAGAAACGCAUUCAAGAGCUGCAGAUGCAGUUGGCAAGUGCGGGAGCCUCAGCGGCCAACGAAGCGCAGAUAGAGCAGUGGCGAAAGCUCAUUGAAACGGAAAAACAACGAGCAGACAAUGCGGAAAAGACUGCCAACGAGCUGCAGAAGAGAAUUCAAACGUCCGAACGACAGAUACACGCUCAGCAGCAGCAAAUUCAGCAGAUGCAGAUCAUGUUGCAGCAGGGACCGCAGCAGCAACAACAGCAGAAUGGUGGUGGUCAAGAGGCUGCUAAACUCCGCAAGGACCUCGAACGUGCUAAAGAGGAGAUCAAGCAGGCAACCGUUGAGCGCGAACGCUUCCAAUCUCAGCUCGAGAUGCUGGUGCAGGAGCUCGAGAAAAAUCAGGUCGAUCUUCACGAAGCGAACAAGAAACUCCAAGCUGGGGCAGCGAAACCUGGCGCCGACACUAGUCAGGAGAGAAAACAACUUGACGAUCAAAGACGUCAGUUGGAGGAGCAGAAGAGACAGACUGAGGAGCGAGCUAAAAAUGCGGAGGGUAGAUUUAGGGCUGCUGAAGAAAAGGAGAGAAUGUUACAAAAUCUCGAUCAAGACCUUAAGAAACGAAAAGCGAAAAUGGAUCAAUUGGAGCAACAACUUCAAAAGAGUGGUGGGUCGCCAGACAAAAGAUUGGCAGAAAUGCAAAAGUCCCUGGAGAUUGCCGAGCAACAACUGGAAAAGGCGAAGGAAGAUGCUGGAAGAAGCGCUGCCGAAACCGAAAGACUACUUCAACUUGUGCAGAUGACACAAGAGGAGCAGAACUCAAAGGAGAAACAAAUUCGAGAUCUGCAAGAAGCACUCAAAGCCGCACAAGCCAAGUUGAAACAAACAGCUGCACAGCAACAAGAGCCCGAACAUCUAUCAUGUCUCAAAAAUAUAAAUGGAGAGACAGAGUAUAUCAAGAUCAACAGAAUUCGUCAGUUGGAGGCAGAAGUUACAUCUCUUGAGAACUUCUUGAGAAAUCACUCAGACAACGAAGAGAUUGCAGAUCUCCGUAAGAUUAUUCAAAUAAAAUCUGAAAAAAUUGACAGCCUGGAGGACACAAUAUCUGAGUUUGAGGAUUUUCUGAAACAAAAUCCUGACAUCAAAGAGCUCCGAGAUCUCAAAAUUCGAGUGACAGUGGGGGACAGGAGAAUACGAGAACUGGAAAAUUGGAUUGAACGUAACGGUGAUGUGAGAAUUGAGAAAACAAGGAUCAUGGAAUUGGAGGAAAUGGUGUCUCAUCUGGAGGAAUAUGUCAAGAGUCACAACGUUGAUGCCCUGAUGCAAAAGCUCCAGGAUCGUGAAGAGAGGAUUGAGCAAUUAUCAAAGAAAAUUGAAGGCUUGGAGAAAGAUUUGUUGAGGCAAGAGCCUCUGCAAAUCACAGGAAAUUCACAAUCAGAAAUUGAAAACGACUACUUCAAACGCACAUCGGCUGAGAAAGAUUCGAAAAUGAAAGAGAUGGAGCACACGAUAUUCGAAAAAGACAAGCGGCUCCAGGGAUGUGAGCAAGAAAUUGUGGAGUGGCAGGAUAAGGUGACAAAAAUGAAGGAAGAUAUGAAGAGUAUGAGGGAAGAGUUGAGGGAGUAUGAGGCCGAAGAUAUCGGGGUUCUGAAAGAGGAGAUUAGAGUUCGAGACGAGAGGGUUCAACAGCUUGAAGAUGAAAUCGACUCAUUAGAGCGAGCGUUUGGCGAGAGAAUUGAUCUGGAACAAAUUGAAGAGCUGCUGGGUGUGAUAAAAGAGAAGGAGGAGAAAGAGAGUAGAUUGGAGAAUGACUUGAAAAGUGCGAGGCAGAAGAAUGAAGAUUUGAAGGAGGCGCUGAGAGGAAGCGUUAAAAUCACAAGUGACAGCGAGAGGAGGAUUAAAAUUAUCGAGAAGGCCCGAAAAAAUGCUUUCGAACGGGUGGAGAAAUUAGAGCAGAGAAUAGCAUCGAUUCAAUCCGCGUCAGCGCUGAAGUGCCACACUUGUAGGCCCUUACUGUCCAAACUCUCCAAGUGUGAGAAGAAACUCGAGUGUUUAACGAACGAACGUAUAGUGCAACUCAAAGACCUUCAUCACUUGAAACGCGAAGCACUCAAAGCAGCAUUAUCGGAGAAGGAUGCACAUCUGGCUGUAUUGGAGCUAUCAGGAAUAAAGAACGCAGCCCAGGCUGAUCAGGCGGAGAGACUCAGGGUGGAUAAGGAGAGAUUGUUGGAGAGACUGAAGCAAGAAGAUAAAAGAUGUAUGGAACUGUCUGAGGAAGAUGAGGAAUCCACUUCAAGUGGCGAAUCAACUCCACUUCUGACGAGAAUUCUAGAGCCAACAAUUGCGAAAGAGGAGGACCUCGAUUGCAUUCGAGUGUUCGAGGGAGAUAACCACGAUGCUCCACAGGGUACCUCAGUGUCUUCCCGACCACUCACUACUAAUGGGCAUGGAAACGGAGACGGGAACUCCAUUCAACAAAGAAUGCGGUAAACAUCUGGGAAUAAGAGAGUUAAGACUCAGCUGAAUCAUCAAAACUUGGAGUACUCCCUCGAGAUCCCUCAUGCAACAUCGUGCACAUAUGUGAUUCUGUUUUUCGUUUGCGGUUUCUACUGCAGAACCGCUCAUACCGAAGUUUCAGACCGCUCAUCUAAUUUUAAUGGUGUUAAACUCACCGGUAAAAAUCACUGAAAUUAAGGGAGAUAGUUUCCUCUGACUGUAACUUUGAAUCUUAUCAAUUCAUUAAUUUUUUAAAUGCCCCCAAUCUCUUCAAGGGAAUAUAUCACUUGCACUUUGCGAGAUACCAAUCAAUUAUUUGAAAUGUUCCCCAGGAUCUCUACAAUCUAAGCCUAAUUGACAAAUCUGGAUUCACACGAUACAAUGUCUCCUGGGAAGUAAUAUCGAUGAAACGAAUUUCUAGGACGAAUCACAAAAGCGAGGAUAAAUUAAGAAAAAUUGUGCAACUGUAUUAGAUGAGAUUUGUAGAAGAGUGAGGGAAUGAUAAAGACGUUAUUGUGACAAAUUAAUUUCAUUUGGAUUUCUCGUCACGGGUCCAAAGAUCGUCGUUGUACAUGUAUAGAAAAAAAAGUGCAGUGGAUUAGAAUAGUUUAGAGGGAGAUGAGGAUUGAGGAUUGAAGAGGUAAAAGGUUUAAGUGAAGUCAAAGAUUUAUGAUACGAAUAUUAAAUUCUAAUGUAAUAUUCCCAUAUUUCUGUAAUAAUGAAAUGAUGAUAAUUACGAAUGCAAUGUUUCUGUAAUGUAAAACACAGCUCUAAUCAGCUAAUUCAAGGAUUUAUGGACAAAGGUGCUGAAUUGUUUAUCAUGUUGACAAUAAUGACCGUUCGUAUGCAUCUGUCGUCGCCCAGUGCGCUCUCGGGUAACUAGGGAUCCCCCUCUAAUUGUUGAUAUUCGUAAUAUCGUUUGUAUCAAUGAGAAGCCAGAUGGAAUUUAAUUUCUAGAUGAUGUCGGUAGAUUUUGUUUUAUGUUUCUAAACCAAUGAAAUUAUUUAUUUUCAAAUGCCAAAAUUGUAGGAGUGAAUUAGUUGUAACGGUCCAUGUACGAGAAAUAUUAAUUUAGAUGAAGUUAUUAAGGAUAAAUCAAUAGUUGAAGUGCUUAAAGUGUUAUGAUAUGAAAAGGCCAUUUACCCGAGGCACUAAAUAUGAAAAUUUUUGUAAAUAGUUUAUCCAUCCCUUUCAGUUAAUUUCGUCAGAUAAAAAUUCAAACAAUGUGAGUAUCUACUGAUUAUUGCCCUUAAUCAAUAAUUCAUAUUGAAUUCAUCCCUGGGAUAAAUAUUUAUCAAGAGAAUUAUAGUGAAAAUUAACGAAAUAUAUUGUCCAUUCAGUGUGAACGAAAUCAUGGCUUGUCUAUCCAAUAAACUGUCAGAGCCAAAGAUUUAUUGAAUUGAUGAAUUAAUGAACACAUUUCCGUCGGUGAAUUUUCAAGUAGAUACCAACAGAUAAUUUAACAUAAUAUGAAAGCUGAUUCAAACUAUAGGGAAAACAUAAAUGGUGGGAAAAAAUUGAUAGCUUUCAAAUAAAAAAAACACAAUUUAUUCGGAGAUUAUAAAAUAGUAGUUAUGCGAAUUAGCUGUUGUGUGGGGUUUUACAGAUUAAAAAUUAUAACUGUGAGAAAAAUCAAUGAAAAAUUAAGAUCGCGACAACAGGGUUGUUCGCUGGGCAAUUUUAUUUAUUUAAAACGUGCCACCGUCAUAUCAAGCCUAUAUCAUCGUGUUAUGUCAUAGCUAACAAAGUAAAUUAAAAUAACAAAACUAAAAAAGUUAAUAUAAAACGUUGAAAGAAGCACAUUGUUAACGACGAAUGAUUUUUCAAUGAAUGCAGAAGAACGUCCCUCAUCCAUUGGAGGAUUUACCAGAAAUGAUUAUAACGAAAAAAAAGAAAACAAAGUAAAGAAUUGAAUUUUCUUGUUGACACGUAUAAAUAUUAUAAAUUAAAAAAUGCUGUAUUAUUCAUUAUUAUUAUUGUCUGAGGAUAAUUCAGAGUUUCAGUGCACCGUGUUAUAGAUGAUGAGCUAUUAUUCCUCGUAUAGGGAUAAUUGAUGACAAUGGUAUUACAUGAAGACAAGUAAUUAUUAGUAUUAAACAAAAUGAGAUUAAUGAAACCAAAAAAUAUUGAGUAAUUUUCUCCAUAUGAAUGUGCAUAAAAAACUAAGUCAAAUUGAGUGAAAAUAAUGAUCAAUAUGACAAAUUGGCUGAUUACUUGCAUUAAAUACAAAAACACUCUUCUCGUUAUUGAAACAUAUAAUUAAUUCGUUAACAGCGGUGGAUAUUCGUGUUAAUGAAAAAUAUUGAAAUAAAUCAAUAAUUCACCACCGCAUUGUGUGUAUAACGAUUCUCCCUCGAGAUAAAUGAGGGCUGUAACGAUUAUUUUUCGACUCGACUGUUUAGUAUUUAACGAAUGUUUUUAUGUGAAUAACAAUUAAAAAUGGAACAAAAUGAAAAAAAUUAUUGAUAAUUGAAAUGUGGCAUGCAAAUGUAGUUUGCAGUCUAUUCGCACUUUUUAUGGCUUUGAACUUGGAACCUAAACAUUUUUUUAUUCUCCAGAGAGCAAACAGGUUAAUAAUGAAAGAAAGAGAGCGAGUGAGAGUGUGAGAGGGAAAUGAAAUCCAAAAAUAAUGAGAGAGAUUAAAAAAAUUGCAAAAACCAAAUACUAAACAAUUUCUACGUGUUAUCGCUACAGUAAUAUUUUUAAGCAGAUAAAUAAGAAUCCAAAUUCGCGUGAACAUAUUUAUUUAUAAGUUGUCAACUGUGAAGAUAUUAUUUAAUUAUUUAGUGAAUAAAUUCUAUCCUCAGAGAUUUAAUCGAUGAAAAAGCAAAAAAAAAUGAAAAUGGUCCAUAAGUGGCACUCGUGUGUACAUAUUUAUUAAUAUUAAUGGAAGGACAUGUUGAGAAUUGUGGAAUGAUAAAUGAAAAUUAUUAUUAUAACUGAACCAAAGUAUUCGCCUAUGGAGUCAGCACACCUCCGAUGAGAUUCACGAUUGGAUUAUGAGAACUCUUUCCAGGCGUUGAUAAUAAUUCAAUAAUUCAUUAAAUGAUGUCGCUGGACAAACAAGUUAUAGUUAAAAUCAAUAGAACAACGUGAAUUAAAUAUCGGAGGGCAGUGAAGGAGGAAGGGAGAUAUGUGAGAAAAAUAGCCUUUAAGUUUAAACUCAUAAGUUCUACCGCAUAAGGCUAAAGGUAUAAAAAAACAAAUGAAAAUAAAAAUUAUCAAAGUACAUUGUUGCAACUGCCAUGCUGUGUGCCAUUAUACUGCGUCACGUUCGUCAUUAAAAGUGGUAUGAAGAAAGAGUAUUGACAAUGGUAAAUGCUGAGAGAUUGAGAAUAAUAACCAGCCAAUGUAGAUGGAAAACAAAUGUUUAUUUCCAUGAGUGCUGUGUAAAAAGCCUCGAGUAGUUGAGUAUUGUGAGGGUUUACGAGUGGAUAUUAAAGUUAUAUUUCCCGGUGCACAUCUCGAUAAUCUCAGUUGACUUCUCUCGUCCUACCGAAGCUUUUCAUACUAAAGGAAAAUGAAAAUUUAAAAGGAAACAAAGUCGUAUUCUCUGCUUUUCUUAAUCGCAUCAAAAAACAUUAUACGCAAAUUAUGAGGGACAAAUCAAGAAUGCUGAGAGUUGCCAGGGAUUUCGCGAGAUUAUGUUGAUGAAAUUGUGUAAUCAAGUGCAUAACUCUCAAUUUAAUAGAAGAAUGCAUGGAACAAUGUCAGUCUGUCUAACCCAUCUACUAAUUGUCAUCUAUCUCGGUUGCGAGAAAUUUUACUCGAAAAUAUAAAAACAGUUACUCGACAGUUUUGUUGCGUACAUUAAAGAUUUAUUCAUUUUCUUGCAAAAUUCGUGGUAAUGACUUCCUUUAAAAGAGACUUUUGUUAAGAUUUUUAUAUUCAUUUUCAACUCAACUCGAAUUGUUCCAUCGCUUCGCUAUUGAAUCACAUGUCCUCUUAUGCAAUUGAAUACUCUCCUUAUCUUCAAUAAUCCGUGAAUGAUCCUCUAACAUACAACUAAAUCUAUUAGAAAUCCGAUCUUGCCAGCUACAGAACUGGAAGGUCGUUUUUCAAAGAAUGAAACAUCUUUUCUCUUAAUCUGCAUUGAGAGCAAUCCACUUAACUUCUUCAACAGUAAUUCUGUAAUCGAAAUUUUCCCUUCAAAUCUGGUGACCGAGUCAAGCGUGAUUUUCGGAGGUGAAAAAUAUGGAUUGAAAAAAUAAUGAAAGCAUAUGUUGAAUCCAUCAUUAUAGAUUUCAAGCACAAUAACGACUAGUAGGGCCAGGCACAAUAAAAAAAUGGCCGUCACGUUGUAGACAGCGAUCUGUUAGAGCGACAACUCAUAUUAAGUACCUAUAUCGCGAAAUAUUAAAUGAAUAAACACAUAUUGUCUAUUGUCA